CUGUGUAAAAUCACCAUAUUUAUAAAAAUUGAGUCGGAGAAAAAUGAGAUGAGAGACUGCUUUAUCGGCUCUGAUUUGUCAAAUAAGCUUAAAACAGAUCUUCUGCCUCUUCCUACCACUAUAAGUCCAGUAACAGUCAAAAGUAAGUCUUUUUUCCUACUUAAAACAAGUGAAGAAGAACUCGGUCGUCUCAUUCUUAAUCUUAAGACUGAUUGUGGUGCCGGUUGGGAUGGUAUUACGCCAAAAAUUUUAAAAUGUCUUAAAGAAUUUAUUAUCACCCCACUUAAUCAUAGCUUUAAUAGACAUAUUAUUUCCGGUUGUUCACAACUAUCAAAUGGCGACUAUUUGCACAGACAUAACCAAGUAGCUAGAAUAAUACACCAGCAGCUUGCGAUUAAAUUUGGUUUUACUCAACAGGACGUUCCAUAUUAUAAGUAUGAACCAAAACCAGUCCUUGAAAAUAGAAGUGUCACGCUGUACUGGGAUCGGUCAAUUAUCACAGACAGGUUUAUAGUGGCAAAUAAACCUGACAUUGUGGUGAUAGACCGAACUGCACGCAAGGCAAUAAUAGUGGAUAUCAGUGUUCCUCAUGACGAGAAUCUCGUGAAAGCAGAGAAUGAUAAAAAGAUAAAAUAUAUCGACUUGGCUCAUGAGAUUGUCGCUAUGUGGGACGUUGAUUCUACUAUUAUUGUACCAAUAGUUGUUUCAGUCAAUGGGCUUAUUGGUAAAACUAUGGACGACUAUCUAUCCAAGUUGGGUUUGGGCAAAUGGCUGAAGGGAUUAAUUCAAAAAUCGGCCUUAUUAAAUACGGCUCGAAUAGUGAGAAGGUUCCUAUCUUUGGAUGCCUAA